AUGUCCAAAGGCGCCACUGAUGCCGAAGAAGAGGCAACGGGGUUCUAUUCUUUGAUGUCAAAGGGCGACCUCGAGAUGCCAACUGCUCUUGACGAGAGUACCUAUACGCACAAUCGUGACAGCAACAAGGCCACCUGCACCAACCGCCUCAUUAUCGCCUUUGUCGCUCUCGGAUCCAUGACGUACGGCUAUGGAGCUUCCAUUGUCUCCACCACCGUCGGUCAACCAGGCUGGAUCGCUGCGUUUGGCCUCACUGCCGACCCUACCAGUCCUGAAUACAGCCGCUACUCGAAUGUGACCGCCGCUACCAACGGUCUCUUUGCCGCAGGUGGUGCAGUGGGCUGUCUUAUGUGCAUGGUCUUCCUCGAUGUGAUCGGACGCAAGAGGUCGAUUCAGCUAGGUUCUUUCAUCGAAAUCUUUGCUGCAGCGCUCCAGGCUGGCUGUGUGCGCAAUAAUCUCGACAUGUGGUAUGCUGCACGCUUCAUCUCGGGUCUGGGCAUCGGGAUUUUGGUGACUACAGUUCCCUUGUAUCAGUCCGAGCUAGCAAAGCCAAUGAGCAGAGGACUCGAGGUUGGGUUCCAUGCCAUGUGCCUGGUUGGCGGCUACUUCCUCUCUGCUUGGAUAGGCUUUGGUUGCUACUUUGCCAAAGACCUCGAGUUUGCAUGGCGUUUCCCGUUGGCGGUUCUCUGCAUUCCACCUCUGUUCCUUCUGCUUGGGUCGCCUUGGAUGCCUUUCUCACCACGUUGGCUUGUAUCCAAGGGACGAACAGAAGAGGCUUGGAGGACACUUGCCAUCAUCCACGUUCAAGGAGGCGUUGAUGUGACCGGCGCAACGCCACCCGCGUCACAUGGAGAGAUCUCUCAGCGUAUUGCUGAAUCCUCCAGUCGCACUCAGCCCGACGUUGCGCUUGCGAUCGAGGAAUACCGACAAAUCACCGACCAGAUCAGUCACGAGCAGGCAAGGGCCAAGAUUCACGGCAACAAGUGGAAGCGCUCCCUCUCUGUUGCCUCGUUCCGCAAACGUCUGCUUAUUGGCUUCCUGGUUCAGUUUGGCGCCCAGACGGGCGGUCCCUUGGUGAUCAACAACUACAGCUUCGUCAUCUAUCGCAACCUCGGACAAACUGGCUACAUGCCCUUCCUCCUCAUUUCUGUUUGGCUCACUACUGCCGUCUUUUGGAACAUCCUCGGAGCCAACAUGAUGGACCGAAUCGGACGAAGAAUGGCAAUGCUUGUUGGAAUCGCUGCUUGCUGCAUCCUCGUUGCCAUCGAGGCUGCACUCACUGCCAGGUAUGCCUCGACGGACAGCAAGGUGGGAAAUGGAAUGGCCAUUUUCAUCAUCUUCCUGUAUCUUGCGUUCCAAGGCAGUUGCAUCGACUGCAGCAUGUACCUCUAUGUCUCCGAGAUAUUCCCGAUGCAGAUUCGCGCUAUCGGUACUGGGUUCACUCUCUUCGGACAGUUCGCAGCCACGCUGAUUCUACUCCAGACCGCUCCGAUUGGCUUCCAGAACGUCGGCUGGAAGUAUUAUCUUGUCAUUGUCUCCUGUAGCUUUGUCUACUUCUGGAUUAUCUAUUUCCUCUUCCCCGAAACCGCCAACAAGACUCUCGAGGAAAUUGGCAUCGCAUUUGGUGACGAUCCCGAUGAGAUCUCUGCCACGGUCAAGAACGACGCUGCUCGAGUCGACUGCUAG